GUGUUAUUCUGGAUUAAAUCAUAUCAUAUAUAUACACACACAUAUAUAGAUAUAAAUAUAUAUAUAUAUAUGCGAAAAUGACGCAACAACCUGCUUGGGGCAUAAACCUUUCUAAAUAUUUUCUUAUACCUCAACGCGUUAUAUUGGCUAUAAUGGGCUUUUUAGCCAUAUUGAAUGCUUAUACAAUGCGUAUCAGUUUAUCAAUAGCCAUAACGGAAUUGGUUGUGAAGAAAAACCAUACAGAUAUUGACGGUGAGGCAGCAGUUUGUCUUGCAGACGAUAUGGACCAUGGAACGUCGACCGGCGGUACCUACGAGUGGUCAGAGGAAUUACAAGGUUUUAUACUAUCUUCCUUCUAUAUCGGUUAUAUUGUCACGCAUAUACCGGGGGGCUUAUUGGCCGAGAAGUUCGGUGGCAAAUGGACUUUAUCUUUGGGCAUAUUAUCAACGGCCUUUUUUACAUUGAUUACCCCAGUGGCUAUAAAAAGUGGAGGUGCUACGGCUUUGAUAAUCGUUCGCAUAUUAAUGGGCUUGGGAGAAGGAACUACCUUUCCUGCGUUAAGCGUUUUAUUGGCCCAAUGGGUGCCACUUAACGAACGCGGCAAACUUGGUGCUUUAGUAUUAGGCGGCGGCCAAGUGGGCACAAUUUUGGGUAAUCUCUUAUCUGGCGUACUUUUAGAUGCUUUCGAUUGGCCCAUAGUAUUUUAUAUAUUUGGCGGUUUGGGCGUGGUGUGGUUCAUAUUCUUUUGUUUCUUAUGCUUUAAUGAUCCCACUAUUCAUCCCUAUAUCAAACCAAGUGAACGCGAGUAUUUGGCCAAAGAAUUGGGUAGCUUGGGUCGUAAAGAAAACUUGGCGCCUACUCCCUGGAAAGCUAUUUUAACUAGCGUACCUAUGAUUGCGUUGGUUUGUGCACAAAUUGGCCAUGACUGGGGCUUUUAUAUAAUGGUAACAGAUUUACCAAAAUAUAUGUCAGAUGUCAUGCAGUUUUCUAUAAAAGCAAAUGGACUUUAUUCAUCACUGCCCUACAUUAUGAUGUGGAUUGUAUCGAUCGGUUCGGGCUUUGUCGGCGAUUGGCUAAUAACACGCAAUAUUUUAAAUAUAACUAAUACUAGAAAGAUGAUGACCGGCAUAGCGGCCUUUGGACCGGCCAUAUUUAUGGUGGCUGCCUCCUAUGCCGGCUGUGAUCGCCUGGCUGUGGUCGUACUCUUUACAAUAUGCAUGGGUUUAAUGGGCGCCUUUUACGCUGGCAUGAAACUAAGUCCACUCGACAUGAGUCCGAACUACGCAGGCACUCUAAUGGCCAUAACGAACGGUAUUGGAGCCAUUACUGGUGUAAUAACACCGUACUUAGUGGGUGUAAUGACACCAAAUGCAACCCUAUUAGAAUGGCGCACUGUGUUCUGGGUAGCUUUCGGAGUUCUCUGCGUAACUGCUUUCAUUUAUUGUAUUUGGGCCUCCGGUGAAGUGCAAGAAUUUAAUGAUCCUCCACCACGCAAAGAUCAUGAUACAGAAGAACGUGGAAAGUCUUCUGAUAAAGAAAAACAAAAGCACUAGCUAGACGCAUACUGUCGGUUGCUAAGCUUUUAAAAAAAUAACAGUAUUGCAUUUAUGGUCUUCCCGCUAAUUUAGUUCAAUUAUUUAGAUCAUUUAUUAUUUAUUUCAAUGAAAAGUUCACAGUAAGAAUUUGUGAUAUCGUUACGU